GGGGAAAGGUAUAAAGAAGGAACGGCAGAGUCGACGGUUAGCAAUUUGUCGGACUGGUCACUCGAGUGAUCUCACGCUGAAAUUCACAGCGGCUGCUGAAACCAACUAGGAAACUCGCUGUCCAAUUCCCAGUGUGAACUUACAGAUCAGAAACCAGGGGGAGCAGAUCUCAGGACCUUUAAACUCUACAGAGAGAUAAAGGGAAAUUCUCACUCCAGAGAAACCAACAAACUUCAGCGCGUUCAACUUGAAGGAGAUUUAAUUUAAAAAAAAAACAAACAUGUCGAAAAUCUGGGCACUAGCUACCGUGUUCGUCAUUUUCACUUGGAACUUCACAUCAGCUAAGACACUAAAGGAUGUUGACACGAGUCAUCUCAAUGAGCUGGAAGGUUCUGGUUAUGAGGAGUCCAGUCCGUACCCUGGCCACGUGAAUGAAUAUGGUUCUGGAUAUGGUUCUGGAGAUGACGUUGACAGUGAUGAAGAAGACGAUCCAAUCGAUGAUGAGGAUGACGAUGAACGGGACAAUAACAUCCCUGACCUUGAUGUGGCCGUGGUUGAAGAGAGCCCUGUGCUGAGCAACGAGGUACUCCUGAACAAAAAUGCCCCGUCAAAUGAUGAUGUCAACAACCGGAUUGCUUUGGCCAGCACCAACAACAACUCCAGCGUGUUUGCAAGCACGGAAAUGCUAGCAGCCAUGAUCGCUGGUGGGACCAUAGGCCUCCUGUUUGCCAUCCUGCUCAUCUUGCUGCUGGUCUACCGCAUGCGGAAGAAGGACGAAGGCAGCUACGACUUGAGCAAGAAGCCCAUCUACAAGAAGGCGCCCACCACUGAGUUCUACGCAUAAAAAUGAAAACCUCAGCAGGCAUUUCUGAACAACAGACUUUAUAAUCUCUCUGACCACCUGCCUUCACCAAACUGGGAGAAGUGGAGCAACUACUUGCAGCUAGUUUAAAGCUUCUGCUAAUCUUUUGUAUUCUACACAUGAAAUCCACUGUCAACUGGGGAAAUUGUCUAUCCCAGAUAUAUUAAAAAAAAAACAAAACAUUAUUUUGUAAAGACGAGGCUGGAAGCUACAACAUAGCAUUGUCCGUUACUUGCACGUUGAGUAUUUCUGCCACGUGUUGUGGUGAGGGAGGAGGAGAAGGUGAUGAGACUUCACUGUCCUAACAUUUCCAUUUUACUGUUUGUUUUCACUUUGCCCCAAAACCAUAAUUGGUUUCCCCUGUUGUCUGGUACUGCCGGGCAGCUCUGUGGAAUAGCCUAGCUUUCUCAGAAACCUUCUGUCUCGAACACUAACCUGCACCUGCAACACCCCUCUUUAAAGAACCACAAUUGCAUUUCCUUUGGAAAGUUUUUUAAAAUGUCAAACUGCUUUGAGUUGAUGUUUCCCAGCACAGGAAAUUGUUCGCAUCUGUAUAUUUUUUUUUAUUUUUUUUUUUCUCUCAAGUUCUCCCCAAAAAAAAAGCAAAAUUUGGUUUUAUUAAAUUUGCUGUAGUCGUGUGCUGAACCAUAGAUCAAAUUUUGUAGCAUUUUAUUACUAUACAACUGCAUUCACUGGCAAAAUCUCUAGGACGUUUUUUUUUUAACAAAUUUCCUGCUUUUUAAAUUAUCUUAAUAUGUUAAUACCCUCUUUAUUUCAGUGUGACUAUUUUUAAACACUGUUUUGAAUGAAUGACUUAAAUUUUAUGGAUAUUCUUAUCUAUUUGCUAUUUCAUUUUAUACACAAUAUGAUUAUUGAUAGUGUCCAUUUUCUUUACAUUGGUGCUUCACAAGAAAAUGUAGGUCGGUCAUAGAAGUUAUUUUAUAAUAGAGAUAGAGACAUUUGUUCUUUAAAAAAAAAAAAAAAAAAAAAAAAUAACCCAACUUUCUGGAGGAAAAAUAUUGCCCCUUUUACUUUCUAUGGUAGGAAGGAUAAACUGCCAACAUGUCACAGUUGAACAGACCAAUCUUCAUUUAGCAGUGAAUUUGACCAAGUUUCUUGGUGCCAGGAGACUUUGAUAUUAAGAAACAUGUACAUGUCAACCACCUAUCAGUCUGCAAUCCCAUUCCCUGGGUACUUGAGGUAAUUUUAAUUUAAGUCCUUUUCGGGAUAUUUUGUACACUAAUCUCUUUCUCAAGUAAUCAAAGUCUCUCUCUUUGUGUAAACUCUAGUAACGUGAAGGCCUUUGACAUUGCUUUUAUUUAAUUUGGCUGGGUUUAUUCUUGAGGCUAACAUUCUAUGACAAUUGGAAUCGAAAGAAAAUGUUUGCAGAAAUGAGAAAAAAGUUUUUAAAAGUACAUCUGGCUAUUUGCCAUCUGAGAAGCCUUGGCUCUGGCCUAAAUCUUCCUAUGCGUUGGUGUAUAAAUACAACUCUUAAAUAUGUAAUCAAGAGUAUGGGAGAGCAAUUUAUGGAAUAAAUUAUUUUAACUCGUUUAUGUUUGGCUUUUAGUCCUGUAUAUGUUAAAUGUGUUUCCUGUUGAGCAAUGUCAAUUUGUACAUACUCUGGCCCAUUCAGACUGAAUUACCAUUAUGUUUUUCAGCAAGGAGGGUUAUCUCACUUGGAUUAUUUGUGUGUGACUCCUUUGAAAAUCCCAUUGGACACAGCCACAGUAUGGUGGCUGUGUCCAAUAUUAAGGGGGGGGGGGGGGGGGGGGCAGGUGGGGAAGACAGUGAAAACAGUGAAAACAUCUGAUGUGGGAUUUGGAGAGAAUUGCAAACCUCAGGACCAGAAAGUUGAGGGUGUGAUAAAUGGGAACAAAAGGAAAAAUCAAUGUUUUUUUUUUUUAACUCUUACUCAAGACAACUGACCUAUAACCCUUUGGCAUGUAGGAGAAAACCAGAGCAUCUAGAGAAAACCCACACGUUCACAGGGAGAGCAUACAAACUCUGUACAGACAGAACCUGUAGUCAGGAUCAAAUGUUGGGGGAAUAAGAUCAGCUAGUAAGAUGCUGUUGUUGAUGUUCCUUUUACCCAAAAAGCUUGCUUUGGGAGUCAACCCAAAACAUUGCCUGUCCAAUCCCUCCACGGAUGUUGGCUGACCCAUUGAGUUCCUCCAGCUCUUUGUGUUUUGCUCCUGAUUCCAGCAUCUGCAAUUUCUUGGCUCCACACCAUUGUAAUGGCUUCACUAAACUUGAAGUUGGAUUUGGUUAGUUCCAAGUCUUCUUCAUCUGUGAGUCGUUUUGGAGCAGUUUAUCUGAAGAGAGAGAUUGGGAUGGAAACAUCAUGUACAGAGCAGGAUUAAUUACGUUAGUACUUCCAUCCUUCAGUACUUUAAUGGAACAAAAUUCUUGCAUGUAGCUGUAGUAAUGAUUACACAUUAACACAUCAAGGUCUAAUUUCCACCCCAUUCAGUGCCACAGGUUACUGAAUUGUAAUCUGUAUUACUUUGGGUAUUUGAGGUUUAAGCCAACGAUAUUUGUUGUCUGGCCAAGAUUAAAUGACUGGUGUUCUCUCACUGUAACCCCAUCAUAGCCCCUUUUUGGCCAUUGGGUAAUAAGUGCUUUUAUAAAACAAUCUUGUUUCUCCUUGAAUGAGCCCCUGCUCUGGGGAAACUCUUUGCACAGUUGGGUCCUUGUGUAUUGAGAAAUAAGUCCCGGUACAAUUUACUAUGGGGGGGGGGGGGAAAUAUAACUUUGUUUUUUUCAACAAAACUAUAUUUUGGUACGCAAAAUAAUUUUAGUGAUUCUUUGGAUUGAUGUUCGAUGUAAAUAUUAAUGGCAACAUUCUUAAUGGCACGGCGUGGGAGAGGGGUAGGGAUCUUAUAAACCAGGAACGCAUCACAGAACAAAUCUGUUCAUCUAACCCCUACAACAAUUCAACCCAAAAUAAAGCAGAACAGGAAUGAUAUAGUGGAGCAUUGCUUUUAACAUUUUAGCUUUGAAGUCGGGCUUCAUUCAUCUGUGCUAACUUGUGUGUUUAAUCUGGGUAUGGCGUGCCCUUGUGUUUGGGGAGGGCAGGAUGGGACACAAGCUUCCUGUGUUUUAUGGUACUUGGCCACCUGGGGUUUCUGAAGAGAUUUGAGUUGUGAAUUGUUGGGGGAUGGGGGGGGGGGGGGGGUUGCUGAAGUUCCUCAAGAAUUGGUGCCCAGUCCAGAACUAACCUCUUCCCUCAUUGGGAUGGUGAGGUGUACAGAUGGUGGAGAAAGUGCCAACAUUUUCUUCCAAGUGCCUCAGAUAGGAUCUUGUACACAGAUGGGCACGUCGAUGGCAUGCUGGAGAUGUAUGGCGCUAUCGAGUGCCAAAAUAUUCCACUUUAGGUGUUGCUACUCUGAAUCCCGGUAUACUUUGUGUGUGCUAUACCUACACUGGUCUGGGUCUACACUAAAUCCAUGCCGUCACUCCCAGUUCCAGCAGAUAACGGAGUCUAAUUUUUUCCUUAUUAACUUGCCAAGUGAGAAACAUGCAGGAUUGGCUGGAGCACUGGUCUAUACACCCAGUCUCAUGUUGGAUUCCAUGGAGAAAUGUCAGAUAGCAUCUCUUUGUUUCCCAAUUUGUAAGGUUAAAAUUGCUCCAAAGUUCAAAACUGUCUUAACACCAGUGGAAAAAGCUGUAACUUGUCUCUGUUAACUAAUUAUUAUGUCUAUGGAAUAAAAAUGAUUUUUUUGCUAUUUUCAGAUCUGUAUAUAUUCAUAUGUUUUAAUUUGUUCUAUUUCUGGAUGUAUUAUGUAAAAAAAAAAUAAAGUUAUCUUUACACAGGC